AUGGAUGACCUAAACGGGCUGAGCUGGUCCUCCAACUCAAAUACACCGGCCAAUAAACCCCCUCCAAUGUCCUCGGGAUUGAUGUUCCCCAAUAUACACCAAAAUAGCGCAUCCAGUAGAUCUACCCCCCUGUCCGCAACGUCGAACCGAUCCAAUUCGCCAUCGAAACCCGCCCCGUCCAAUGGAGACAGCUUCGCGAACUUGGUGUCCUUCGGUUCCGCCGCCUCAAACAAGAAUCUCUCUCUACUGGAGCAACAGAAAAAAAUAGAAGCGGAGAAGGCGAAAAAGGAGGCUGAGAAAAGAAGCCAUUUUGAGUCGCAAUACGGUGGCCAGAACUCGCAGUUUUGGGAUAGCCUCGAGCAUGGCCGUACACAAAGCCCUGCAAUUGGAAAACUGUCGCAACCCGUCGCACCCCCCACAGAUGAGGAUGAUUUACUAGCUGCAUUUAAUUCGAAAGCGCCGGUCGAUGCUUCGACGAACUUUCCUAUUCCCAGCGCCUCUCCAUCACCCCGGAUCGGCACGAACACUCCGCAAGGAUCCACUGGUGGGGGUAUCACAAUGCAGGACAACACGGGUGGAAUGGACGCAUUCAACGACGAUGAUCCGUUUGGUUUGAGCGAGCUGAAAGCCAAGUCCGUCUCCCGCCCGGCGCCUGCGCCGGCGCAAGAUGACGAUGACGAUUUCCUUGGAUUAUUAGGGAAGCCAGUGUCCGAAAUCCCGCGUCAACACGUGGCACCAGAAACAAGAGCAUCCCCCAGCCAUGACCGACAGGGUGAUGCAUCGCCCAUGCCAUCAAACGAGGUGGACCGGGCCAUCGCAGAGCUGGUCGAUAUGGGAUUCCCUGCAGAUAAGGCUCGCCAAGCCCUCAGAACAACCUCAUCAGGCACUGAUGUACAAGGUGCGGUUGGCUGGCUUUUGACAACGGCCCAUGCCGAAGCUCGACAGAAGUCGCAGGGACAAUCACCAGCUAACGGUCAUCCGAAUGACCGACCGGACCGGAAUCAGAGCCGUAAUCGGGAUGCGCCACCUUGGAUGAGUGAAGGAAGAUCGCAGACCCCCCAGUCGCGUAAUGAAAGCAGGAGUCCUGCCGCUGGCGAGAGAGAUCCGGCUCAAAUAGCACAACAAUUCGGCACCAAAUUCUUAAAAUCUGCAAACACGCUAUGGAAAACAGGAAGCAAAAGAUUCCAGCAGGCUGUGAAUGAGUUUAACGCAGAGAGUGACCCCAGCCAGCCUAAGUGGAUGAGGGAUGCAUCUGCUCCUCGUGAGGAGUCAUUUUCCCAGCCACGACCCACCCGGCAGGGUGAUGGAACAGGUCAACCGCAAGGGCAAAACGCCCCAAGCUUUACAGAUGAGGCGCUUCUGCUUGAUUCAGGGGAUGUGCGCCCUCGUCAACCGCCGCGGCCAUCUCAAAGUGCCCAAGAAAGCCGUGACCGCCCCCAGCCAUCUCCCCCUGCUGGUCAGCGCAUGCAGUCACCUAAUUUCCUUCAACGACCAUCAAGACCCAGUUCGCAAGAACCAAAAUCUCGGCUCGCGCGAUUCGCCGCAGAAGAGCAAUCCGCGCAAAAUUAUGUUAGCCCGGCAAGACGCAAGCGGCCCCAGCCUCAGGCGCCGCCACCGGCAGCAGAGCCUGAUGUCGAUCUCUUUGAUUCUCCUGUUCCUUCAUCUAACCGAUCAAAACCUACACCACAAGCUAAACCUUCGCCGCCUCCUGCACGGUCGGCCUCUAUUCCUGUACGACCCAAGGGUCCACCACGCGCAGUCCCUCCUGUCUCCCCUGAGGCUCUUCAGUCUACUCACCGCCACCGCGAGAAAGCUGCCGAGUUAUACAAGCGGGGUGACUAUGCAGCUGCACACCAAAGCUUCUCUACCGCUCUUGGCAUGCUGCCUGAUAAGCAUCCAAUCACCAUCAUGAUCCGCAGCAACCGUGCCAUGACGGCGUUGAAGACCGGUGAACCCAAGACCGCGAUCGACGACGCCGACAUCAUCUUGAGUGUGAUCGGCAAUUCGAAGGGCGAAGAUGAAAUGAUCGAAUUAGGAAACGGCGAACCUGCCAAGGCAAUGAAAGAUUUCUACGGCAAAGCUUUGAUGCGUAAAGCGGAGGCCCUGGAACAGCUCGAGCGCUGGGCCGACGCCGCACAGGCAUGGAAGCUGGCUGUGGAGUCAGGCCAUGGUGGAAGCACAAGCAUCCAAGGUCGUAACAGGUGCGAGAAAGCUGCUGGGAUCAGCAAACCGCCUCCGAAACCGUCAGCCCCCGCCAAGAAAAGAGCACCACCUGCACCCAAGAAGGCGUCUGCGUUGUCUGACCUUGGUGGUUCGACGUCCGGGCAGGACUCGCAAGCCGUCAGCCGUCUUCGUGAGGCCAAUCAAGCUGCCGAGCGCGCUGAUCAAGAAAAAUUCGCUCUCACAGAUAGUGUCGACGCAAGGAUCACUGCCUGGAAGGGCGGGAAGCAGGAUAAUCUGCGUGCCCUUUUAGGCAGCUUGGAUUCAGUACUCUGGCCCGAAGCUGGCUGGAAGAAGGUUGGCUUGGCAGAGCUGGUUUUACCAAACAAGGUAAAGAUCAAUUACAUGAAGGGUAUUGCAAAGGUACACCCUGAUAAGAUCUCCACCACGGCAACAACAGAACAGCGCAUGAUUGCCGGUGCAGUGUUUGGAGCCCUAAAUGAAGCCUGGGACAAGUUCAGAAUUGAGAACAAUCUUUGA